GCGGAGUGCGAGGAUGAACCCGCCCGCUAUGGCACCCAUUUCAUUGAGAUUGAGGAAGGAAGCCAGCAAUAUACUCUGACCUGCGCUGUGAAGUUGGCCCCAGAGGAGGAAUUCCCACCUGAGCCCCGUGCUACAAAGGGAAAGGCUGUAGCCGUCGGUAAGGAAAGGCUGCCUGAGGGUUGGUAG